AUCGCAGUUAUAGUAAAAACAGCUUUUUAUGUGUGCAGCGUGGAGAUCGGAGACAGUAUAGGCUACACUCGGCUACAUCAAGCGUGUACAGUAGCCCAUAAUGCAGCGUCAGCGUUAAAUGCAACAACUUCUGAACAGUCGACAUCAGGGAUGUGCGUUGCAGAGGACAACUAAAGUAGCUACGGCGGGCAAUUUGAUUUUUCAGCAUUUGCAGAGGAAUAUACAUGUUUUCGGUAGUUGUGUAGCCGGUCGCACCUGUCCAUGCUGCUCUUCUCGGCUGGAAACUGAAUAGAGGAACCCUCUUCGUGAAUCAGAUUGGGCCGAUUUCACAUCCACAAGCUUUUCAGGCUUAUUAGUUGCAAUUGCAAACAUACAGGCGACACGUUUCCAAGAAUAAAAGGUCCGUGAUUCUUGCAGCAGAAAGCCAACUGAGGGGAGGGGGUUCCCUCCCUCUCUCUCUCUCUCUCUCUCUCUCUCUCUCUCUCUCUCUCUCUCCAAUCAAAUACAGUAGGGUACGUGCUGGCAGAAGCGAGGCUGGACUGGAGACGCUGCACCGGGGUCCAGUACGGUGCUGGGACGGGAUUCUUACUGUACAGAUAUUUUAUAAGAAGAGCCGAAGAUGCUGGGGAACUGGAGGAUCCUGUUUUCCCACGUGUGCAGCAGCAGCUUCCUUUUGCUCUGGAUCCUCGUCGGCAUGAAUGUGGACGAGGUGGCGGGGUCCCAGCAAGGGAUCCCUCUGUCAGUCGUGAAGCUCUGGGCUUCGGCAUUUGGUGGAGAAAUUAAAUCCAUUUCUGCAAAAUAUUCUGGAUCCCAACUACUGCAAAAGGAGCUGUGGGCUAUCACAGCGCCGCGUCCGGGGACCAACUCCAGUUCUGAGGCCAGUGCCUCGGUCAAGGGCAAUAGCAGGAUUAAUCCUAAAAACGCUGCAUGUCUUGGAGCGUGGGAGGAAAGAGGAGUAACCAGAGGAAGUCCACGCAAACAUGGGGAGAGCGUUCAAACUGCAUAUAGAAAGCGGCUCCUGGGUCCAAACCUAGGACCUCCUUGCUCUGAGAAAUAUAAAGACUUUGAAAAAUCAGUCAGAGUGGAGGAAAUUGAUGGUGUAAAACUAGUCAAAAACCUGGCUGUGAAGAUGGAGGAAGUUUUCCGGAAAAAAGCGGAGGCCACCAGGCGGCUGGUGGAGGCAGCAGAAGAAGCGCACCAUCAGCAUGAGGAUAAUCCCGACCUGCAGUAUGAGUACUUCAACGCCGUGCUGAUCAAUGAAGUGGACGAGGAGGGCAAUAAUGUAGAGCUGGGAGGAGAGUUCCUCCUGGAGCCCAACGACCAUUUUAAUAACCUAUCAGUCAACCUGAGCCUCAGUGUGGUGCAGGUGCCCACCAACAUGUACAACAAAGAUCCUGACAUAGUGAACGGAGUGUACUGGUCCGAGGCUUUGAAUAAAGUAUUUGUAGAUAAUUUUGAAAGAGACCCAACACUAAUCUGGCAGUACUUUGGGAGCGCCAAGGGUUUCUUCAGGCAGUACCCUGGAGUAAAAUGGCAUCCAGAUGAACAUGGUGUUAUUGGCUUUGACUGUAGAAACAGGAAGUGGUACAUUCAGGCAGCAACAUCUCCAAAAGAUGUUGUUAUCUUAGUCGAUGUUAGUGGAAGCAUGAAAGGACUGAGGCUGACCAUCGCCAGGCAGACUGUCUCCUCCAUAUUAGAUACACUUGGAGAGGACGACUUCUUCAACAUCAUUGCAUAUAAUCAGGAGAUCCACUAUGUGGAGCCUUGUUUGAAUGGCACGCUGAUCCGAGCCGACAGAACCAAUAAAGACCAUUUCCGCGAACAUCUGGACAAGCUGUUUGCCAAAGGGAUUGGGCUGCUGGGUGACGCUCUGGCUGAAGCGUUCACAAUCCUGAGUGAUUUUAAUCAGACUGGACAUGGCAGUCUGUGCAGCCAGGCCAUAAUGCUUGUGACUGACGGGGCGACUGAAAUGUAUGACGACGUUUUUGAGAAGUACAAUUGGCCAGAAAGAAAGGUGCGAAUAUUCCCGUACCUGAUUGGACGAGAGUCUGCAUUUGCUGAUAACCUCAAAUGGAUGGCUUGUGCCAACAAAGGGUAUUUCAGUCAGAUCUCCACCUUAGCAGACGUUCAGGAGAACGUGAUGAGGUAUCUUCACGUCAUGAGCCGCCCAAAGGUUAUUGACCACGAGCACGACACAGUGUGGACUGAAGCUUACGUGGACAGUGCUCUUUCCCAGGCUCAUAAGUUGAAAAACAAAGCAGGCCCAAGUCUGACGACUACAGUAGCCAUGCCUGUCUUCAGCACAAAGAAUGAAACGAAGAACCAGGGUAUUCUGUUGGGGGUCGUAGGAACAGACAUCCCUCUGCAGGAGCUGAUGAAGCUCAUCCCUAAACAUAUGUUAGGAAUCCAUGGGUACGCAUUUGCUAUAACAAACAAUGGCUACGUCCUGACACAUCCGGACCUCAGGCCUUUGUAUCAGGGCAGUCAGAAGAGGAGGAAGCCCAACUACAGCAGCGUGGAUCUCUCUGAGGUGGAAUGGGAAGACAAAGAUGAUUUUCUACGCAACGCUAUGGUGAACAGGAGGACAGGGACUUUCUCUAUGGAGGUGAAGAAGACGGUGGAUAGAGGGCGGCGUGUCCUGAAGAUGCACAAUGACUAUUACUUCACUGACAUCAAAGGAACACCAUUCAGUGUCGGAGUGGCUCUCUCCAGAGGUCAGGGGAAGUACUUCUUCCGAGGAAAUGUAUCAGUUGAAGCCGGGCUCCGUGAUCUGGAACAGCCAGAUGUCGCCCUGGCAAAUGAAUGGACUUACUGCAACACAGAAGAGCAGCACGAGCACCGUCACCUGACCCAGAUUCAAGCCAUCAAGCUCUUCAUGACGGGCCGCAGACCACACCUCAGAUGUGACCGAGAGCUGAUCCAGGAGGUGUUAUUUGAUGCUGUGGUCACUGCUCCACUGGAGGCCUACUGGACUGGACUGGCCCUCAACAAGUCAGAGAACUCAGACAAAGGAGUGGAGAUUGCCUUCCUGGGUACACGCACCGGCCUGUCGAGGACCAACCUGUUUGUACCUGCCGAUCAGCUAUCCAAUCAAGAUUUCCUGACAGCUGAGGACAAGGAGGGUGUGUUUAAUGCUGAUCACUUCCCACUGUGGUAUAAGAGAGCUGCAGAGCAGGUCCCCGGCACAUUUCUCUACUCCAUACCAUUCAGCACAGCUUUAGAAAAUAAGAGUGUGGUUUUGGCCAGCACAGCAAUUCAGCUCCUCGAUGAUAGAAAGUCUCCAAUUGUUGCAGCUGUGGGGAUCCAGAUGAAGCUCGAAUUCUUUCAGAGGAAGUUUUGGACUGCCUGCAGACAGUGUACAGCUCUGGAUGGAAAAUGUAGCAUUAGCUGUGAUAACGCGGACAUUAACUGUUAUCUCAUUGACAACAAUGGCUUCAUUCUUGUCACAGAGGAGCAAUCUCAGACAGGGCUCUUCUUUGGGGAGGUGGAGGGUGCUGUUAUGAACAAACUUCUCCAAAUGGGGUCAUUUAAAAGGAUCAUGCUGUAUGAUUACCAGGCCCUUUGCAAAGACUACGCUGGGAGCAGCGACAGUGCACGCACUCUGUCAGACCCCUUCACUGUUGUUAAGUGGCUCCUGACUGAACUUGUCAUUUUUCUGCUCGAAUUUAAUCUGUACAGCUGGUGGAAUGUGGAUCUUUCAGUUAAAGCUCAGAGAUCUCGGGGUAAAACCAUGAUGGUGCCGUGUGAUACAGAAUACCCUGCCUUUGUUUCCGAACGCACCAUCAAAGAAACAACAGGCAACAUUGACUGUGAGGGCUGUAUCAGAUCUUUUGUCAUACAGCAGAUUCCCAGCAGCAACCUCUUCAUGGUUGUUGUGGACAAUAAGUGUGACUGCAGCAGUUCUCCUCCAGUAACCAUGGAUCCCAUCGAGAUCAUGUACAACGAGUCACUUAAAUGUGACAGACUGAAGUUUCAGAAGGACAGAAAAAAGCCUGAAUCAUGCCAUCCUUUCCAUCCUGAGGAAAAUGCCAUGGAGUGUGGUUCAGCAACACGCCUCUCCAGUCCUCUAACAGCAGCUCUGCUCCCUCUGAUAGCAGCGACCAUCAGCAGAAGACAUUUCAGAAGAGCUAAAGAUGCAUGAAGAAGAUCACAGAAUGUUACACUGAUAUAACCAGCCAUAAUUUGUCAAGGUGACCACAUACUCUUGACCCCAUGUUUAAGAAAGCUGAUGAAUAAACAGAAAGAAAUA